AUGGAGCCGGAUUUCUGCUACGGGAAUGGCUCAUGUGUGAGGACGGUCUACCCUGUCGCCAUUCGUGCCACCCUCUAUUUGGUCCUGGGGUCUGGUGUGGUCCUCACGGUGCUAGGUAACCUCUUUGUGAUCGUGGCCAUCGCUCACUUCAAGCAACUCCACACGCCUCCCAACUACCUGACCCUCUCCCUGGCAGUUACCGACCUUCUCCUGGGGGUUCUGGUCAUGCUCCCCAUCAUGAUUCAAACCAUCGAGAGCUGCUGGUUCUUCGGGGAGAUGUGUUGCAAGCUCUACAACAGCUCUGUUGUCUUGCUGUGCACUGCGUCCAUCUUGAACCUGUCCUUUAUAUCCAUCGACCGGUAUUAUGCCGUGUGCCACCCUCUGCUCUACCCCCGUAAGAUAACGGUUCACACAGCCGUCAUCAUGAUCCUGGUCACAUGGUGUGCCUCGGCUGUUGUCGGCUUUGGGAUGAUCUUCCUAAAGCUGAAUAUAUUAGGAAUUGAGGAGUUCUACUAUAAUAACGUGGCGUGUGAAGGAGGAUGCUUUUUGUUUCAGAGUGGGGUGUCCAGCACCGUCUCGUCUAUUCUCUCCUUCUACAUCCCCGGGGUCAUCAUGCUGGGCAUCUAUCUGAAAAUAUUCAUAGUGGCCCAGAGACAAGUGCGCACAAUAGGCCUACAGAACACCAGCUCCUCCAAGAUGGACAAGCACCAGAGGAAAGCCAUCAAAACGCUGGCCUUCAUCAUGGGCGUUUUUCUGUCAUUCUGGACUCCGUUCUUCAUCAUUAACAUCAUAAAUCCUCACAUCGGCUACUCCGUACCGUCUGCCUUGUUCGACACACUCGGGUGGCUGGGGUAUCUCAAUUCCGCUGUCAACCCGUUGGUGUACGCCUUCUUUUACAGUUGGUUCAGGAAGGCAUUUAAAAUGAUAAUAUCCGGGAGCAUCUUUCGGUCUGACAUGUCGGACAAAAAACUGUUUGCUGAGUGA